CACAAUCACGUGAACGUGACAGCCACGCUCUCCCAGCGGCAGGAGGCAGCAGCAGCAGCGGCAGCAGCAGCAGCGGCAACAGCAACGGCAGCAGAGGCAGCAGCAGCAGCAGCAGCAGCAGCAAUAGCAAUAACAGCCGCCGCCGCCGCCGCUGCAGCCCCGGGGAAGCGAGCGCCAGCCUGAGCUUGAGCCAGAGUCUGAGCCGGAGCCGGAACCCGAGCCGGAGCAGGAGCUAGAACCAGGCGGUGGCUGCAGCAAGGGGGAGCCGGGAGCUGACGCCCGGACAGUGCUGAGCCCGGCGGUGCCUUGGGUUGGGGGGGAGGGGUGGGGAGGGGGGCGGCUAGCCUUGGAAGUCACCUGAGGUUGCAACCUCCCCCUCCCCGUUUGCCACAGAGAAGACCUACGGACACUGGGAGGCCGACAUGGCGGGGCUCCACUGAAGGAAGCCGUCAGGGAGGAGAGGAGGGGGGGAGAGAAGAAGAAGAAAAAAAAAAUCCCUGCAUUUCCUCCUCCUCCUCCUCCUCCUCCUCCUCCUCCUGCUCCCACACACCAUCCCUUUUGCUGUGACUCCUCGUCCUCCCCCGGCGUCCUCCUCCUACUCUAUGCAUUACUAAAACGGCGCAAGGACUGCAUCAGGAGGAAAAAAAAAUCUCUUGCAAACAAAGAGAGAAAGAGGGAGCGAGCGAGGGUGGGGGGUGGAAAUCUCCUAGGCGAGUAUGGCGGACCGCAGCUUGGAAAGCAUGUCUUUGCCCCUGGAGGUGAGAGCCCGUUUGGCCGAGCUGGAGCUAGAACUAUCAGAAGGUGACAUCACACAGAAAGGUUAUGAAAAGAAGAGGUCAAAAUUAAUUGGGGCCUAUCUGCCACAACCUCCAGCAGCGAAUGGAGCUGCCGCAGUACGGUGUAGACUGCAGCACAGUGAAGGACCCACAAGAAGGAUGCUCCGUUCCGCCAACAUCGGGGUGUGUGACAUCCGAGAAGCAGCGGCCAGAGACCGGGCAGCCAGCACCGCGGGAACCCGGCCUCUGUUUUACUUUCGUUUUGGGGUGGAUCAGGCCUUGCCACAAGAACGCCGGACUCCUGUUACCCCCUCCUCCUCCUCAAGAUAUCACCGCCGUCGGUCCUCGGGGUCCCGGGAUGAACGAUAUCGAUCUGAUGUUCAUACAGAAGCUGUCCAAGCAGCCCUGGCUAAACACAAAGAAAGGAAAAUGGCAGUUCCAAUGCCUUCCAAACGCCGCUCUCUGGUUGUACAGACCUCGAUGGAUGCCUACACACCUCCAGAUACCUCUUCGGGUUCAGAGGAUGAAGGCUCUGUUCAGGGUGACUCCCAGGGAACUCCCACCUCCAGUCAGGGCAGCAUCAACAUGGAACACUGGAUCAGCCAAGCGAUCCAUGGCUCGACAACCUCCACCACGUCCUCCUCUUCCACGCAAAGUGGAGGCAGUGGGGCUGCACACAGAUUGGCUGAUGUCAUGGCUCAAACACAUAUAGAAAAUCAUUCCGCACCUCCCGAUGUUACCACUUACACCUCAGAACACUCAAUACAAGUUGAAAGACCUCAAGGAUCGACAUCAUCACGAACAGCACCAAAGUAUGGAAAUGCUGAACUCAUGGAGACUGGGGAUGGAGUACCUGUGAGCAGCCGAGUGUCAGCAAAGAUUCAACAGCUGGUCAAUACCCUCAAACGGCCCAAACGACCUCCGUUACGAGAAUUCUUUGUAGAUGAUUUUGAGGAAUUGUUAGAAGUUCAACAACCAGAUCCAAAUCAACCAAAGCCAGAAGGAGCACAGAUGUUGGCAAUGCGUGGGGAACAGUUGGGUGUGGUAACAAAUUGGCCACCAUCAUUAGAAGCUGCAUUACAACGAUGGGGGACCAUUUCACCAAAGGCCCCUUGCCUAACCACUAUGGACACAAAUGGAAAACCACUGUACAUUCUUACUUAUGGCAAACUGUGGACAAGAAGUAUGAAAGUUGCUUACAACAUUCUACAUAAAUUAGGUACAAAACAAGAGCCUAUGGUGCGGCCUGGGGACAGGGUAGCACUGGUAUUUCCUAACAAUGACCCUGCUGCUUUCAUGGUUGCCUUUUAUGGCUGCUUACUGGCUGAAGUUGUUCCUGUCCCCAUUGAAGUGCCACUUACCAGAAAGGAUGCAGGCAGCCAACAGAUAGGGUUUUUACUUGGAAGCUGUGGAGUUACUGUGGCCUUGACUAGUGAUGCUUGCCAUAAAGGACUGCCAAAAAGCCCAACAGGGGAAAUACCACAAUUUAAAGGUUGGCCAAAGCUCUUAUGGUUCGUCACAGAGUCUAAGCACCUUUCUAAACCUCCUCGGGAUUGGUUCCCACACAUCAAGGAUGCAAAUAAUGACACUGCUUAUAUUGAGUAUAAAACAUGUAAAGAUGGAAGCGUGCUCGGGGUGACUGUAACAAGGAUUGCACUGCUCACACACUGUCAAGCCCUCACACAGGCGUGUGGCUAUACUGAAGCUGAAACAAUUGUGAAUGUAUUAGAUUUCAAGAAAGAUGUUGGCCUCUGGCAUGGGAUACUGACGAGUGUCAUGAAUAUGAUGCAUGUGAUCAGUAUCCCAUAUUCCUUAAUGAAAGUGAACCCCCUUUCCUGGAUACAGAAGGUCUGCCAAUACAAAGCCAAAGUGGCUUGUGUCAAAUCCAGGGACAUGCAUUGGGCAUUAGUUGCACAUCGUGAUCAAAGAGAUAUCAACCUCUCUUCUCUCCGUAUGCUAAUAGUUGCUGAUGGAGCAAACCCCUGGUCUAUUUCUUCUUGUGAUGCAUUUCUCAAUGUCUUCCAAAGUAAAGGCUUGCGACAGGAGGUCAUUUGUCCUUGUGCUAGCUCACCAGAGGCUCUCACUGUGGCCAUCCGAAGGCCCACAGAUGAUAGUAACCAGCCUCCAGGCAGGGGAGUUCUCUCUAUGCACGGGCUCACCUUUGGUGUCAUCAGAGUGGAUUCUGAAGAAAAACUCUCUGUACUGACUGUGCAGGACGUAGGCUUGGUGAUGCCUGGAGCUAUCAUGUGUGCAGUGAAGCCAGAUGGAAUUCCUCAGCUGUGCAGAACAGAUGAGAUUGGAGAGCUCUGUGUGUGUGCAAUUGCUACGGGUACAUCAUAUUAUGGCCUCUCGGGCAUGACCAAGAACACUUUUGAGGUGUUUCCUAUGACAAGUUCAGGAGCUCCAAUCAGUGAAUAUCCAUUUAUAAGGACAGGAUUAUUGGGAUUUAUUGGUCCCGGUGGACUUGUCUUUGUGGUGGGUAAAAUGGAUGGCCUGAUGGUUGUCAGUGGACGAAGGCACAAUGCUGAUGACAUCGUAGCAACAGCGUUGGCAGUAGAACCAAUGAAAUUUGUCUACAGGGGAAGAAUAGCUGUGUUUUCAGUGACUGUCCUUCAUGAUGAAAGGAUCGUUAUUGUUGCAGAGCAGAGGCCAGAUUCCACAGAGGAAGAUAGCUUUCAGUGGAUGAGCAGAGUUCUGCAGGCUAUUGAUAGUAUCCAUCAAGUUGGGGUUUACUGCUUAGCACUGGUUCCAGCAAACACCCUUCCCAAAACACCCCUGGGAGGAAUACACUUAUCGGAAACCAAGCAACUUUUUCUGGAAGGUUCCCUCCAUCCCUGCAAUGUUUUGAUGUGUCCGCAUACUUGUGUUACCAAUCUGCCAAAGCCUAGACAGAAGCAACCAGAAAUUGGCCCUGCCUCUGUGAUGGUGGGGAACCUUGUGUCUGGGAAAAGAAUUGCUCAAGCUAGUGGCAGAGACCUUGGGCAGAUAGAAGACAAUGAUCAGGCCAGAAAGUUCCUGUUUCUCUCAGAGGUUUUGCAGUGGAGAGCUCAGACCACACCUGAUCAUGUCCUGUACACGCUGCUUAACUGUAGGGGCACGAUAGCCAACUCCUUGACAUGUGUCCAGCUGCAUAAACGAGCUGAGAAGAUUGCUGUUAUGUUGAUGGAAAGAGGGCACUUGCAAGAUGGAGAUCAUGUGGCCUUGGUUUACCCCCCAGGAAUAGACCUAAUUGCAGCUUUUUAUGGCUGCCUAUAUGCAGGCUGUGUGCCAAUAACGGUCCGACCUCCCCACCCCCAGAACAUUGCCACGACAUUACCGACUGUCAAGAUGAUUGUGGAGGUGAGUCGUUCUGCUUGUUUAAUGACAACACAACUAAUAUGCAAAUUGUUAAGAUCCAGAGAGGCAGCAGCAGCGGUGGAUGUCAGAACGUGGCCCCCCAUACUGGAUACAGAUGAUUUGCCAAAGAAGCGGCCUGCCCAAAUCUACAAACCUUCUAACCCAGAUACACUGGCUUAUCUUGACUUUAGUGUAUCUACAACUGGAAUGCUAGCUGGAGUAAAGAUGUCCCAUGCGGCCACUAGUGCCUUUUGCCGUUCUAUUAAGCUGCAGUGUGAACUUUACCCCUCUAGAGAAGUGGCUAUCUGUUUGGACCCUUACUGUGGGCUUGGGUUUGUCCUCUGGUGCCUCUGCAGUGUUUAUUCAGGACACCAGUCUAUUCUGAUCCCUCCCUCAGAGCUGGAGACCAAUCCUGCCCUAUGGCUUCUUGCUGUGAGUCAGUAUAAAGUCCGAGACACUUUUUGUUCCUACUCAGUCAUGGAGCUUUGCACCAAGGGACUAGGCUCACAGACAGAAUCAUUGAAGGCAAGAGGACUGGACUUGUCCCGAGUACGGACAUGUGUGGUAGUGGCCGAAGAACGCCCUCGAAUAGCCCUCACACAGUCAUUUUCAAAAUUAUUUAAAGAUCUGGGUCUCCAUCCGCGAGCUGUUAGCACAUCGUUUGGCUGUAGAGUUAACCUGGCGAUCUGCUUACAGGGAACAUCUGGACCUGAUCCAACCACUGUGUAUGUUGAUAUGAGGGCACUAAGACAUGACAGAGUUCGUCUAGUAGAAAGAGGAUCUCCCCACAGUUUGCCGCUUAUGGAAUCAGGAAAAAUUCUUCCUGGAGUCCGUAUCAUAAUUGCAAAUCCAGAAACAAAAGGACCCUUGGGAGACUCUCAUCUUGGGGAGAUCUGGGUUCACAGCGCUCACAAUGCCAGUGGCUACUUUACUAUUUAUGGAGAUGAAUCCCUUCAGUCAGAUCACUUUAAUUCAAGAUUAAGCUUUGGAGACACACAGACUAUUUGGGCUCGAACAGGCUAUUUGGGAUUCCUGAGGAGAACUGAGCUUACAGAUGCCAAUGGAGAGCGCCAUGAUGCCCUCUAUGUUGUGGGUGCCCUAGAUGAAGCUAUGGAGUUAAGAGGAAUGAGGUAUCAUCCAAUCGAUAUUGAGACAUCAGUGAUCAGAGCCCAUAAAAGUGUCACAGAAUGUGCCGUGUUUACUUGGACAAACUUAUUGGUCGUCGUGGUUGAGCUGGAUGGAUCAGAACAAGAAGCCUUGGACCUUGUUCCCUUAGUCACGAAUGUGGUUCUAGAGGAACAUUACUUGAUUGUAGGCGUGGUAGUAGUGGUGGACAUUGGUGUAAUUCCUAUCAACUCCCGUGGAGAGAAGCAGCGUAUGCACCUACGAGAUGGAUUUUUGGCAGACCAGCUAGACCCAAUUUACGUGGCCUACAACAUGUAGUCUUCUCCCUUUGGCUUCCAUGGACUUUACUAGAGAUGUAUACAUUUUUCUCAGUGUCCACUAAAAAUGUGCAGAGAAGCGAGGGUGAUGCUCAUCAGAUUGGAACUGUUUCUGUUAUUGUGAUGAUGAUGAUGAUGAUGAUGAUGAUGAUGAUUGAUGAUGAUGAUAAUGAUGAUGAUAAUAAUGAUGACUUUUCAAAGCAGUCACAAUUGGCCAGGGAAUAAAAUGUGAAAUGUGUUUCCUUUACCACUAAAUUUUUAGCUCAGAAGGACUUUGGGAUUACUGCCUUUGGUUUGUUGGAAAAGUCCAUUUUAAAACUUUUUUUCUUUUCUAUUUUUCUUUUUUCUUUUUUUUGGCUUACUGGAUAAGUGCUUUCUGCGUAAAUGUGGCUUUGUACUUUAUGUUGAGCUGAAGUAGCAAUUUUUUUAAAAAUCUGCCCUCUGAAUGGGUUCUUUUAAACAAUUUUACAUAGUGUGACAAAGAAUUGUUUUCACUGUUUUAAUGUGUCAUCAAUCUUACCAACGUGGAUCUGUUACUAAUUGAAGCCAUCUUUAGAUCCCAUUGUUUUAGGAAAACGUGUUGAGGUACGAAAACUUUCCAAAUAGCACCUUCCAAUUAGAAUUUAGCAGCUUUCUUUGUCAGAAAUGUGCCGAAGGACAAAGGCUAACAAAUGGCCUUUGAUGUUAGCAUAGAAAGAAGAAAUUAUAAAUAAGGUGUAUUUCGGCAAUUAUCUUGCAGAUAUCUUUGUACUAAACUAAAAAGAUAAAAUAAGUUAACUUCUUCAUAUGUAAUUAUGUACAAAACGUUUAAUUUAUUUUGAUCUCUUUAGAAGUAUAAAAGAAAAAACAUUCAAGAAUAUUAAAGUCUUGUAAUGUUUGCUAAUAUAAAAAAAGUGUUGUAUUAUCUUGCGUGGAUAGUAUCACAUCAAAUAUAUAUAUAUGAAAUAUAAAUUCACUAAGGACAAAAAAGAUUUUAAAGUUUAAAAUGCAGAACUUGUCACUUGCAUGGUGUCCCUGUCCCCCUCCCCCCACUCUAAUGUAGAUAAUUGAGUGUUAACUCACACAAACUUUCUCUGAUGAAAGCAAUCCUGGAUUGCCAAGUAACCCUGUCUCAAAAGUUUCUUCUAGAUACCAGAUACCAGCAAGUGAAAUUAUUGCCAUCUCGAAGAUGGUGAAUGAAUUUAAGGCUAAACAUGCACUAAAAUAUUUUUUUUCUUUGCCACAGAGGUAACAAUAACUAUAUUUGUGCUGGCAUGUGCUUACACUUGUUAGACUUUAGGAAGGCAGGUUGGCAAAUAGCACUGUUUCCUAGCUGCAAGAAUUUGUUGCACAAGUUUUCCCCAUCAUUUUUGUUGGUGUGUUUAUUUUUUUUUUCAUUGCUGUUAUCGUUGUGAUAUGAUAAGGAAUGGUUUUACAUGGUCACUUGCACCAAGUUGGUCUCAUUUCUCCCUCCAAUGGCCAUUGUAGUGGGUAGGCACAUUCUCCAAGACAACUCUAGGGAAUGGAAUUAGAUAAAAUGGUCUUCUCUCCUCCUGCCUGUAACCGAGCUAGUGAGUUUCUCUUCUCUGGGGUCUUUUAGACCCCGGAGUUCUUCAUGGAGCUGAGCUACCCUGGUAGCCUGUACCAGAGGCCAGUGAUAGGGAAGAGUACAAAAGCAUGCUUCACAGCUGCCUUCAUUUAACUACCCAUAGAUAAAUAGAUCUUCAGGUCCUAUUUCCAUUCUCAUCUCUCCUCUCUUCCCUUCAUCCCUCCCAAUUCCCUCCCUUUUUUUUUUUAAUUUUCAGAGCUCAUUAGUACAUUUCUAAAUCAAGACGGCCUGUCUGUGUCUGACCAAGUGAGUCUAUCAGCAGCCACCCAAGACUGAUUUAUUUUAUAAUUGUCCCAAAUAGGCUCCUGUGAUAGCUCUCUUGUUACUGGAUAUGCAUGACUGAGAUUGUUGCUGGGAAAAAUUUAGGUCCUUUUUUUUAAUGAUACUUUUAGGCAAUGUCUAUGUUGGCUUUGCAGUAUACAUUCAGUAGUGGGCCCUUUGCUAAAAGAAAGUUUUGUUUGACUUCCAAAAUCCAAGGCAGCUUGUUUUGAGUAUUUUUUAAAGGCACAUUUUUGUCUGCAUGUACAGUGUAUCCUCCCAGGUCCACAAGACAUUUGCUUUUUAGAUCACCACUUUGGACUUCAUUGCUGUGUUAAUAUUUCUAAACAUAUGCUCCAAACAUAGAAUCUGAGAAUUAUGUAACAUGAGGUCCUGUAUUGUCUAAGGGGUAAAAAAAAAUCAUAUCAAGAAAAAGGAAAUAAGAAACAAAUUGUAUACACACGAUCUCCUUGUCCUGAGGGAAAGUUGGCUCUAAGUUUCAAAUAUGAUUUUGAUCAAUUGCAAAAGAUAACUGUCCAGUGGGGAGUGGGGAGGCAACUUGUGUAAUUCCAACCUCAGUCCCUUUGGCCAAAGUUAGCCAUCACUUCCAAGGUCACUUUAGCCUUUUCCAAAUCAAUUCUACAUUCAUGGAGGAGGGAGAGGGGAGAGACAUGUGCUGCAAUGCAGUGGGGAAAGGAGUUAAUAAUGGAUCUCUUCUACAACCUGUCCAUCUGUGAUGUUGAGUUUUCUUCUUAAAAAGGGAUAAAGGACUGAAUUUGGAGCAACAUAGUGCAAAGCAAAAUGGAAGGCAACCCUUUGGUACCACCAGAUUCAGCAAUAAAGAAGGAUUGUUCUGUAUUAGGAACUGUAUUGUAGAUAAACCAUUCAUGAGAAUGUAUAAAAUGUUUGUCUUGUGACCUUGUGCUUUUGAAGUCAGACAAAACCAUGUAAUCAAUUUGCACAAAAAGAGGGUACACAAUGAACAUUCACACACACACACACACACACACACACACACACACACACCUAAUCAAACAGGAGCAGAUUCCUCAUGGUGCUUGUUUAUUUUAUAUAUAUAUCUAUAUAUAUAAAUAAGUAUAUAUAUAUAUAUAUAGAUAUUUAAUCCUGCUUGACACUUUACCCAAGGGGAGACUGUCCCUUUUAUCAGUUGAAUGUUAGCAGCGUUAUUUCAUAGAGUGUGGUGACUGGUUAGAGCAGUUCAUAUACUCAGCCAAUCACAGUUUCAAACAAAGUUUUUAUGUGCAAAGGACAGCAAACCUUCUUGUAUGUUAAACCACCAGUACGCUUUGUACAUCUGUGAUAACGCCUGUUUUAUAUUCAAAUGAACAAAUAAAAGCUUUUAUUUUUGUUGCUCUGAAAA